AUAAAGUUCUGUUUGGCACAAAGACCUGAUGUCCGCUGAUGGCUGUGCACCCUGCCCCUGUUGGCACCGUCCUUGCUCCAGUUCCUCAAGUUCUUCCCGCUCCUCCGCCAGCGCCACCUGCGGCGACCUGGCCACCACAUGCCCCGCAAUUGGUGCCAAAUGUGUACUAUCAGGCGGUGCCAACUCCUGCGUUUGCCCCUCAAGGGCCAGCUACACACCUUCCAGCUUACCAAUCCAACUUCAACGUGCCACAGCAAGUCCAGUUCCUGCAAGUGCCACAGACUUUUCAAGUCGCUUCACCUGCUGUGAGCACAGGGCAGGUGUUUUCCGCUCCAGGAGUGUCAGGGCUGCCACUUCCUUUGUCUGCCAGCCCUCCUUUGGCCGUGGCCGGUGGCAUUCAAGGGGUGCAAGUUGUCCAGGCGAUGCCAGGCGCCAUCAUGACUGGAGCUACAUUUGGAAGCGCAGGACAUACAGGAGCCUCAUGCGAGGGCUUUGGCUUCAGCAAGGAGCAGUGCGCCAGAAUCAUUGAGUUGCAGCAGCAGUAUCAAGCUGCAGGAGACCAUGAAAGCCAGGCGUUGGUGGCCCAUUAUGCAGCCGCAGGUGUUGACUUAAGCGAAUUCUUGGAGGUUGCGGCCGCCACCCACAGACCACCUUUGGUUCACGAUCCAAACAGGCGAUUCAAAGGGAGCGUGCGCAGUUGGAAUCCAGAUGGCGGUUUUGGCUUUAUUGUUUGUGCAGAAUCCAGGGCGAUCUACAACAAGGUACGAAUUAUGGCAUGGGUCUUCGGGGCUUCUUGAUAUGACGGAUGAGUGAUCCGAAAAAUCGAUCCUUGUUGAGCGAAGGACAUCUUCCUACACAAGUCUGAGAUUGGCCACGAACCUGAUUUAUACAAGCUCAGAAGAAGGCUGGAAUUCAAAGAUGGCGAGCCCGUCUCAUUCCAGGUGGAGUAUGACGACAAGCAGAAGCCAAGGGCAAAGCACGUGGAAUUGCUGGAUCAGCCAAAGGAAGCUCCACCAGAGCCUAAAGAGGAGCAACCACCACCUCCGCCAAAGAAGCGAAGGCGCCGAACAGAUCAAUUAUC